UUGUGUACUUACGCGGUGACGACCUUGCACGAUUUUAUGGACGAAAAGCAAACACCACAGCAGACCUCGUCGCCUUGCGCGUUGGCGGGAUGUAUGAAGAAGUGGCUGCUUCGACUGAUGGUAUUCUGCGCUCUCUACUUCGUCUGGAGUUGGUUGGACACGGUCAAGAGCCGGUGGUAUGUCUUUGACCCACCGUUUCUUCAUGAACUCGCCAAGGAUGCCGUCGCUGCCCACCCAGACAACCUCGACGGCAUCAUCCAACACAUUGUCACGAACCUUACCAACACAUAUCCAGCCUCUGCGGGCAUCAUUUCGCUCAAUACCGACUCCUCCGAAUGGACAUUCAAUAACGCAGGAGGUGCCAUGGGUGCCAUGUACAUCAUACACGCCUCUAUCACGGAAUACCUGAUCAUAUUUGGGACUCCCCUCGGUACGGAGGGGCAUACCGGUUUGCACCCUGCGGAUGAUUAUUUCCAUAUUCUGCAUGGCGAACAAUGGGCGUUCGAGCCUGGCGCACUUGAGAUGGAGAGGUAUGUGCCUGGAGACGUGCAUUUCCUCCCAAGGGGUACUGCGAAACAGUACAAGAUGCACGAGGGGUGUUUCGCUUUAGAGUACGCUAGAGGAUGGAUUCCAUUGAUGUUGCCUUUUGGUUUGGCAGACACGUUGACGUCUACACUCGAUAUCCCAACGUUCAUCCGCACUGCACACAUUACCGGUCGUGAAAUAAUCAACAACUUGCUCAUUGGAAAGAUUUGAAUUCCAUCAUCCAGAAUACUUAACCUGUGUUAUCUGUCUGGGAACCAUCCACAACAGUUUGCAUGUAUAGAGUACGAUACCCACCGCCAAAUUUAAUCUGUUGGACACAAUCGUCCAGUCUCAUGCUGAUGCAGGGG